AUGCCUAAGAAUCAUGUCAUUGUAAUCUCCGACACUACAUAUUUACUACUGCGGCCUCAGGCUGUACUCGCCGAAUACGGAAAGAAUUCAAAACAGGAAGGUGCGAACUUCCCUCCACACGACACAUUCAACUUACAGCGCACUAUUAUUACCAAAAAGCCAAUUCAGUCAUUUGUAUGUCUGUUGCUCAACAGACACGCCACCGCCUGUUUAGGUCGAUCGCCGAAGGCUGAGGAUGCUGAGUUUUAUUUCGACCAAUGCGAGUCCAGCGCAACCGGGUUCGAGUUCUUACCCAGCGACCAGCCUCAUGCUGUUCAGAAAUGGAGAGACGCCUCCUUUCCACGGAAGACUGCACAGCUGGAUGGGUAUGUGCCCUCCCCGUUGAACUGGCUGCGGCCCAAGGAGAUGCCUGAUAAAGAACAUGAGGCCUCCGCCUGA